AUGGCCACCACCUCGUUCCUCUCGAGCUUGAAGUACUCAGACGGCCUAACAGUGGUGGGCAUCUCGUUCUGCACCGCCAUAGUCUGCGAGGCGAUCUCAUGGGUCCUCAUCUACCGCACCAACUCCUACAAGUCCCUCCGCUCCUCCAUUGACAAAGCCGCGAAGAAGCUCGAGACCAUGAAGACCGAUCCGGCCAUCAAAAUCGCCAAGAAGUCCAAGACCAAGAAGAUCGACCGGGUAGAGACGAGCUUGAAAGAAUCGAGCCGCGACCUCUCGCUCUUCAAGUUCAAAUCCGGCGCCGUCGUCGCGCUCGUGCUGUUCGUCGUCUUUGGGCUGCUCAACUCGCUGUUUGAGGGGAAGGUGGUGGCCAAAUUACCGUUUAAGCCCUUUGGGUUGGUGAUGAAGAUGAGCCACAGAGGGUUGCAAGGGGAAGAUUCGACGGACUGUUCGAUGGCGUUUUUGUACUUCCUCUGCUCGAUUAGCAUUCGGACAAAUUUGCAGAAGUUCUUAGGCUUCUCGCCUCCGAGAGGUGCCAGUUCCGGGUUGUUCCCCAUGCCCGACCCGAAAACCAAUUGA